CUGUGUCACUCAGUCGCGCGCCAACACUCGUUUGGAUGCUUUCGUUCAAUUAAUUUUUCAUUAUUGUUUUCUUUAAUUUUGAGCCUCGUUCGACAGAGCUCGGUUGGUACCUAAUUUUUUUCUUCAUGUGAUUUGUUGGUGACUCCCUGCGCCAUUAAACAUGUCAACGAUACCUUUAGUCUACGUUGAAUGACUUAUGUUUAAUUGAUUUAAUUGAUUAUCAAGUUAAUUAUUGUUGACAAUAAUUUGGACAGUGUUGUGGUGAAGGAUGAGCAUUUAAAGACCUUAAGAUCCAUGAGUAAACAUUGGAAAGGACUGUAAUAAUUGAAGUGAUAACAGCUGGACUGAGGGACUUUGUGAAGUUCGUCUCACCAACCUUGAGGAAGUAAUUAAAUUAUUUUUAAUAGGAAACUGUGAUGCGUGAGUGAGUGAUAAUAUGGAAUCACCAGUUAUGUAUGAGGCUGCUCACCAGAGCCAGGGUUCGGGUGCGCCGGAGCUCAAGAAACCUGUAGUACUCACAAAUAACAACAAUAAUAAUAACAAUAACAAUAAUUCAGCACUCCAAGUUAAUCACAAUCAACAGACAAGUGUCGCAGUAAGUAAAGUAUCAGCGAGUAAAGCAACAUUACAUCAGCAGUAUGCUGAGCAUUGUGCAGCAGCGGGUGAACUAACGGAUCUCAACACACCGGAAAUAUCGUUGGAUCUGCAACACCUCAUCGAUGAUUCUCACUUCAACGAUGGCCUCCUAGACAUGCUCGGUGGUGGCAAUGGUGGAAUUAAACAAGGAAGAACGACUGGAUAUCCAAGGACAACUCUGGCAUAUAUGCCACAACCUGUACACAGUGGUGCAAGCUAUCAUCAGGGUAGUAACAGUUGUAGUGAUAGCAACAGCUCAACAUCAGAAUCACCAAGUAUCAAAGAAGAGCCAGUGGAUCCAGCUGACUACAGACGUCAUUGUCCUCAAUAUUCAACCAGUGGUUACAGUCCAGCUAAUGGGCCUUUUGCCAAUGGUGGUCCCACCUUCACCAAUCUCACACCAUCAGCAGCACCGGGCGGUCAUUCGGUGCACCAUCAACAUCCUCAACAACCUCAAAAUCAUCAGCAACCCCAGAGGGGACCAAUGAAACCUGUAAUGUCACAUCAACACCAGGCAGCUGCUGCCGCUGCUGCUGCAGCUGUUGCUAGGAAACAAUCCAAAUCGGUGGAUAAGGCAAGCGAUGAGUACAGGAGACGACGGGAGAGAAACAAUAUCGCGGUGAGGAAAAGCCGGGAAAAGGCUAAGGUACGAUCGAGGGAAACUGAGGAAAAAGUGAAAUUACUGGUCAAGGAUAAUGAUCUACUUAAGAAAAGGAUUGAGCUGCUUACCGAGGAGCUCAAUGUGCUAAGAUCACUCUUCAGCAGCGUUGGCGUUGUCCCCGAACAGCUGCACCGUGAAAUAUCAAGGCAUUUGGAUCAGUUUCAGCAACAUGCGGUUGGACCGAUGUAGCAUCCGUAACAUCGGAAUUUUUUUUCAGAUCGUCGAGGAAGAAGUUUAUUUCUCUCUUCGUUCCGUUUUCUAUUCGUUUUGUUGUUUAUAGAGGAUUGUAGUUGUGCCGACCUUCGUGAAAUUAUCAAAGAUGCUGGGAAUUUGUGCGUCUUUGUAAUCAGAUCGAUUUUUUAGAGAUCACUAUUUGAGGAAUGAAUGAAUUGUCCGAGGUAGAUUAUCCGGAUGGGUAAAGUCAGCUAAGGAGAAAGUGUCUUCCUCCGGGGUCAGCGGGAAGGUAAAAUAUGAUUCACUUCAUAUUUUUUAUGUUGCGAGGCUCGAGAUACUGCGAUUGUGACCUUGCUUCACACCGCUAGAUCAUCGGUGUGAUCAUUUCGGGUCCGCAAUAUAAGACGGUUAACAUCACACAAUCUAUGAAGUAUUUUCUAAUGAAUGCAAGUUUUUCGUGACGAUGUGUCGGCAAAAUUCGAGAAAAUCCGAGAAGCAGGCCAACAACGAAAAUAAUUUUUAAAAAUUCCGGCCUAUACACGAGGUUAAAUAGGUCAUUGAUAAUUUCGGUAUUUCUUCCACAUUGCCGACUGGUCGAUAAUGUAGGGGGAAUAUACGACUUAUCGAUGCUCCCUUUGACCUCAUAUAUAAGCACCGACUUAAUAAAUCUCUCUUGUUCUUGUACGUCUGCUGAAGUCUCUGAAAUUUCAAAAGUUAUGUCUAAAUGGACUCAGGAACGUCGGAAAAACUUUCCAGAAAAAAAGCAUUCUUGAAAUACUCUUUUCGUUCGAUCAUAUUUAAUCCAAUUUGAAAGCAGGGAUUAUAAUCACAUUCAUCAGGAGAUGCUUUGUGAACUUAAUGAUGAUAUCCACAAUGUCUGUAAAUUUUUUUAAUUUAAUGUUGGGAAGGAGGCCGAGGGGGGGGGGGAUUGUUUUUCCCUGUGACAGCUAUGUUUUGAUCUCCUGCUCAAGACUCACUGUUAACAUUCAUUUUUCGAAAUGACAAAUAUGAGAUGAGUUUUUUCCCUGUGUAAUUUUUACAAUCUCUGGUAUUUUUGUGAGAAGAAAAAUUAUCAUAGAUUAAGACUGGAAAUACGGUUUGACAAACCCGUGCAAUAAAGACGAAAAAAAAUAUGACAGAAAGUGUAACGAAUACGGAGAUAAAAACUGAGAUUUUAAAAUAAAAAAACAUUAUGAAAAGCAUCUUGUAUAUAUUCCUUGGUAGUUGGCGCAUAAAGUCUCUCCAUAGAUUUAUACAUUGUUUCGCAUGACGUUGUGAUUAGAUACGGUGUGUAAUAGAUUAUAAUCGUGUAAAUUAAUUAAUUAGCGUAUCGCUCUUGUACCUAAGUAACUCGUGGCAUAUCGAGAUACCAUAAUUACCACGCACUGUAUUGAUUUAAUCCAUCGAUAUCGACAUGUUAUUUUUCUCGGCGAAUGAACAAGAAAGAAAAAAAAAAUUGACUAAGAAGAACAAUUGUGAGAAGAAUGGAUCAAUGAAUUACGGUAAAUUGUGUUAAUGAAAAGGAUGUAUGCAACAGGGAAAAACGAAAGGGAAACGGAUUACUCAACAUACAUACACACUCGUAUUACAGUUAACUUGAAUUUACAUUAAUUGUUAAGAAAAAUUAUCGUCAUUGUAAGUAAAAAUUAAUAUAUUUUCUUUAGAUAACAUGCAGAGAGAGAGAGAGACAGAGUGUGAAAGAAAGAGUGAGCGAGCGAGAGAGAGAUAGAGAGAGAGCGAGCGAGAAUGUAAUAAUUAAUUCGUUCAUUCAAGGAAAUGACCAAAUCGCAGAAAUUGUUAUGGAAUCAUUUUCAAAAUAGAUCAUAAUAUUCCAAUACUGAGGAUCACAAAAUGUCAGUCCUCUGUACUUUAAGUUACCGUUCGAGAAAACUAGUAAAAAAGAUGGAUAAAAUUUUUGAAGCGGGCUUCAUCUAUUUUAUUGUUCGUUUGUUGAUCAUUCUGUUGUAUAGUCGCAGCAAGUUUCCUCUCCUUCAUGUAUUUUUUUUUUCUAUAGUUUCUAGUAAGCAAGCCUCUCGUAGACACCUCAAAUUUUCGGAAUAUCAAAGCAGUUUCACUCUGACCAUAGACGAGCGAUUGCAAAUUAAUUGUUAAAACAGUGUAUACGCGUUUUCAGAUGCAUCAUGACAAUUGGAUUCAUCACGAUUAUGAUUUAUUAUAAUUUUUUUUUUGUUUCUUUCUUCGCCUUCACGCACAGUGUAACUGGCAAGCACGAGAUUGUACGGGUAUGAAUGUACAUUGAAUUUGUGAACAGCGUUCGACGUGAACGUGUAUACCGAGAAUAAGAUUACCUUUCACGGGUGUCUUCAUGUUAAAGCACAAAUAUAUUUUGAUAUGAAAAUUCACUAGAAAAA